AGUUAACAUCCACGACAUUUCAUUUUAUUUUGUUCAGUGAUUGUGCUCAAGUGCUUUAAAUAUGGUAACUGUACAGCUGAUAAAUGCAAUAAAGAUUGCAUCAUUUUUGAUAUUAAUAGAGAGUGUAGCAACAUCAUCACUUCAUAAACGUGAUGUGGACAAAGUUUGCCCUUCAGGCAGUUCCGGGGAAUAUCCCAAAUGUGUCUGUGAUAAUGGUUCCCAAUUCAAUCAGGUGCACAAUAUCUGCCCACCAAUGUCAUUAGAAUCGUUGAGCGGAUCGUGUCCAAGCGAUGCCUCAGGAAUAUUUCCAAAUUGUGCCUGCAAAUUGGGCAAAGUUUAUGAUCACAAGCACUCUAUUUGUUUGGAUAUCGAUCGUUCAAAAUGUCCACAUAGAAGCGUCGGAGAAAUUCCAAAUUGUAAAUGUGAAGAAGGCUAUAAACUCGAUCAUGUCCAUUGGUACUGUCGUGCAUGGUAUUUGAAUGAUACUCAUGGUAGCGAUUAUGAUAUUGGACCAAUUCCACACUGUCCAGUUUUUCAUAUUUGGGAUGGCAAAAAAUGCGAACCAAUCCGUUGUCCAAACAAUCGAGAAUUACUCUAUCCUCACUGCGUUGAUACGCAUUAUGAAAGAUCAUACCCUACGUCGUGUCCAACAGGACAAAAUUACACCAUGGACAAACCGUAUUGUCAUUGUCCCAACGAUCAAGAUUACACCUUCCCAAUUUGUCACGAACGCUGUAUUCAUAACUCGUACUUUGAUUUGAAAACUAAAUCGUGUGUAAAGAGACCAUGCCCAGCUGGAUGGAUUGGCGAUUUUUAUCCACAUUGUAGCGUAUCCAACUUCCAAAAGUGUCCAGACGAGUUUCCAGGAACAUGGCCGAAUUGUAAUAUCUAUGAUGAAGGACCACGUUUGGAAGAGCUAAGAAACAGACAUAAUCGCGUCUAGAGGAAUAUCAAUAAACAUUUAUAUGGAUAUUUAAGAGAAAAAAAAUUGUACAAUGGAAUUACAAUAAAAACAAAACCACACUAUUUUUCUUA